UAAUGAUCCUAACAAAAAGAAGGAACUGCAAUUGAUGCUUGAGGAAGAAAAUAGGCGAGCCAGGAUGCGUUCAGUUGGGAAUGUCAGAUUCAUUGGUGAAUUAUAUAAAUUAAAAAUGCUUACAUCUAAAAUAAUGGUAUACUGUAUGAACCAUUUGAUAGAAGAUGUAUUAGAGGAAGAAAACCUUGAAUGUUUAUGCAUACUGCUUACUACAAUUAGGGAACAAGUCGAGAGUGAAGCAAAAACCCAAUUGGAUUCUGUAUUAGAGAAAAUGCAGAACAUAAUUUAUGACCGUAAAAGCAACAAAAUUAGUAGUCGUGUUAGAUUCAUGAUUCAGGAUGUAAUUGAAUUAAGGGAACGAAGAUGGGUUGUUAAGAGUAAUUUAAGUACUGUUAAAUUGGCUCCUCCUGCAUGGAGCCCUGCAUUCAGUACUAAAACUGCAGCACAAAUUAGUAGUAACAGCAUGGUUGGUCUUACUAACAACAAGUAUAGUGUUUUAGAAAUGCAGCCAAACGAUUCUAGUCCCAUCAAAGGCCCUGUUACAGCAGCUGUUCCACAGGAUCCACUGCCAGAAAACAAGAAGAAGUCUGUUCAUGCAAUGAUUAACCUCGCUCUUUUGAACCCUGUUGACGAUGAGUUGAUACAUGAAAUACAAAGAUUUGAUACAAGAAAUCAUGCUGCAGUUGUUACGGAAAUACUCAACAUGGCACUGGAGAAAUCCCAGAAAGAAAUAAACACUAUAGCGAAGUUACUCUUACAUUUGGUUUCAACAAAUACUAUCUUACCAGUUCAUUUUGAAUUGGGCAUAACAGAAACUUUAGAAUUUGCGCCUGAUUUGUAUAUUGAUAUACCCAUGUUAUAUGAAUAUUUAGGAGUGAUCAUUGCGCCGCAUAUUGAAAAGAGGCACAUCACACUACUUCAAGUGUUUAGGCUUUCUGAAAAUAUUAAAUCUGCGAAACAAGGACAUUUACUACUAAAAGCAAUAAUAAGAGAGUUAAGAGAUAGCAUGGGACCUACUUUUGCAAAAAGUAAAUGGCUGGAAUCAAUCUUCAGUUUAAUCAAUGGAUGCAUGAUGACCAGUUGCAAAAGCGGUCACAGUGCUAUUACCGAGUCAGGGUUCAAAGGUCGGGGUGAUCUUAAACGAUUGUAA